AUGGCGCAUGUGACACAGAUAUUCACGCUGGUCCAUCUUCCUUCCACAGGAAUGAGCCAGAUUCUGAACAGCAGCCAGAUCCCAGAGCUGGCCCGGAAUGGGACGGAUGCAGUAUACACAUUGGCCUUUGUGGUCAACGUCAUGGCUGCAUUCAUCUGUGUGUGUGGAAUAGUGGGCAACAGCCUGGUGGUCUGGUUGCUGGCCUUCAGCAUCCAGCGGAAUCCUUUCUACGUCUAUGUGCUCAACCUGGCGGUGGCUGACCUUCUCUUCCUCCUCUGCAUGGGCUGUGUCAUCUGUCUAUCAGUCAUCUUCCGGGCCAACGACACCAGCGCCUAUGAAGUGGUGAGGAGAGUGAAGUACUUUGCGUACACGGCCAGCCUGAGCCUGCUGACAGCCAUCAGCACCCAGCGCUGCCUCUCUGUCCUCUUCCCCAUCUGGUACAAGGUGCAGAGGCCCCGACACACAUCCACUGUUGUAUGCACCCUGCUCUGGGUGUUGUCCCUCCUCAUGAACACGCUGGCCUCUUUCUUCUGCCACCACUUUAGGAAUAGUGACCAAGAGCAGUGUUCAGCCAUUAACACUGUCUUGGGCAUCCUCAUUCUCGGGGUCUUCACACCCCUGAUAACAUUGUCCAGCUUGAUCCUCUUUGUCCGAAUCAAGAGAAGUUCCCAGCAGUGGCGCCGGCGGCCCUCGAGGUUGUUGUUGGUCAUCCUGGCCUUGGUCGUGGUGUUCCUGAUCUUCUCCCUGCCCCUUGGCAUCUACUGGCUCAUCCUGUACUGGUUCAAACUCGAGCAGAAUGUGAAUCUAGUGUACGUCAGCAUAUCACGCCUCUCCUCGGCCAUUAGCAGCACCGCCAAUCCCAUUGUCUAUAUCCUGGUGGGCAGAUGGAGGAAACAAAGUAGGAACCAGCAGGAGUCCCUAAGGGUCAUGCUAGACAGGGCACUGAGGGAGGAGCCUGAGGGGACAGGCAAGGAGACACCUUCCUCAGGCACAAAUGAGGUGGAAUCUGAGAGCCAGCUCCCCAAGGUGUCAGUCCGGGAGAGGCCAGCCACGGGGGUUCGCCCGGAGCGAGUUUUCUCCCCUGCCUGCCCCUGCCGUGGGAAGCUCCCAAGUCUCUGCAGCCCACCAUGUUGGUGUCACUUCUCCCGCAUGCCCACCAGCCCCUCCACAGGUCGUGUGCUGUGGUCCUCAUCAUGUGGUUCUGCUGUGGAGGUGAAUUGA